AUGGGCGACGUCCUCCUCGAAACGCCGGCCAGCAGCCAUGCGGCCCCGUUCAAGACGGCAGCCCUCUCGACCAUACCAGGGCUGGGCAACUUUGACGGCGUGGUGAGCGAGAAUGGCGACGAGUAUGCGACGCUCAAGAAGCUGCAGGGCCAGCUCGAGUACAUCCAGCUGCAGGAGGAGUACAUCAAGGACGAGCAGAGGAGCCUCAAGCGCGAGCUCGUCCGCGCACAGGAGGAGAUCAAGCGGAUCCAGAGUGUACCGCUGGUGAUUGGGCAGUUUAUGGAGGCGAUCGACCAGAACACGGGCAUCGUGCAGUCGUCGACGGGCUCCAACUACGUGGUGCGGAUCCUGUCGACGCUGGACCGGGAGCUGCUGAAGCCGUCGUCGUCGGUGGCGCUGCACCGGCACUCGAACGCGCUGGUGGACAUCUUGCCACCCGAGGCGGACUCGUCGAUCGCGAUGCUGGGCAGCGACGAGAAGCCGGACGUGACGUACGCCGACGUCGGCGGGCUCGAUAUGCAGAAGCAGGAGAUCCGCGAGGCCGUCGAGCUGCCGCUGACACAGUUCGACCUGUACAAGCAGAUCGGCAUCGACCCGCCGCGCGGCGUCCUGCUCUAUGGGCCUCCCGGCACCGGCAAGACGAUGCUGGUCAAGGCCGUGGCCAACUCGACCACGGCCAACUUCAUCCGCGUAGUCGGCUCUGAAUUCGUCCAGAAAUACCUCGGCGAGGGCCCCCGCAUGGUCCGUGACGUCUUCCGCAUGGCCCGCGAGAACGCCCCGGCCAUCAUCUUCAUCGACGAGAUCGAUGCCAUCGCCACCAAGCGCUUCGACGCCCAGACCGGUGCUGACCGCGAGGUCCAGCGCAUCCUGCUCGAACUGCUCAACCAGAUGGACGGCUUCGACCAGACCGCCAACGUCAAGGUCAUCAUGGCCACCAAUCGCGCCGACACCCUCGAUCCCGCCCUUUUGCGGCCCGGCCGCCUCGACCGCAAGAUCGAGUUCCCCAACCUUCGCGACCGCCGCGAACGCCGCCUCAUCUUCUCCACCAUCGCCUCCAAGAUGAGCCUCGCCCCCGAGGUCGACCUCGACAGCCUCAUCGUCCGCAACGACCCCCUGUCCGGUGCCGUCAUCGCCGCCAUCAUGCAGGAGGCCGGCCUACGCGCUGUUCGCAAGAACCGCUACAACAUCAUCCAGGUCGACCUGGAGGACGCCUACUCGAGCCAGGUCAAGACCACCAGCGACGAGAACAAGUUCGACUUUUACAAAUAG